GUAAGCAGAAUUCUUUUCUUCUUGGCCUAGUCUGGCCUGGGGAUAGAAGAUAGUGGAAAUUUGAAGCGGAAAGUAAGUUGGAGCAGGUGGUGGUCAGGAAGGGGGUGAAUGCUUAAAGGUUGGGAGUCCAGGAAAGGACUUUCUCUGGGUGCUAAGGAAGCAGCACUGGAGAGGAUCAUGAGUGGGCUGGAGCGUCCUGGGGAAGGACCAGGGCUCUGUUCACAGGAUGCUUGGACACUGGACAGAACGGGCUUCCAGAUGACAUUACUUGAUGCCUAGGUUAUGGCUGAGGUCCUGAUGCUCCCUCAGCCCUUCAUUGCUCUUCCCACUACUUAGGUCAAUAUUUAUGUGUCCUGUACCCAGAGAGGCCCCUGGACUCACCACUGUCCGGGUUCCUCUCUCCCUGUCCCGCCUUCCCCACCGCCCUCCCCACUGGCCAGUCCCCACGCCCACACAUCCGAGGCUGCCUCAUCUGGCACCAAUUAUCCCUGCUGCCGCCGCCGCCGCUACUUCUGCUGCUUCUGCUGCUAAACUCGGCUGCUGCCUCUGUCUUGGGGACCCCAGUGCCUCUCCCCUCAGCCAUGCAGCCUGCUGCCACAGCCUUCCUCUUGGGGCUCCUCCUCCCUGCCUGGACCCUGCUGCCUUUUGCCCAGGGCCAGACCCCCAACUAUACCAGACCUGUGUUCCUGUGUGGAGGGGAUGUGACUGGGGAAUCAGGUUACGUGGCAAGUGAGAGUUUUCCCAACCUCUACCCCCCCAAUAAGGAGUGCAUCUGGACAAUAACGGUCCCUGAAGGCCAGACUGUGUCCCUCUCCUUCCGAGUUUUUGACCUGGAGCUACACCCUGCCUGCCGUUAUGAUGCUCUGGAGGUCUUUGCUGGGUCUGGAACUUCGGGCCAGCGGCUCGGACGCUUCUGUGGGACCUUCCGGCCAGCACCCAUAGUGGCCCCGGGCAACCAGGUGACCCUGAAGAUGACAGCGGAUGAGGGUACAGGAGGACGAGGCUUCCUGCUCUGGUACAGCGGGCGGGCCACCUCGAGCACUGAGCACCAAUUUUGUGGGGGGCGACUGGAAAAGGCCCAGGGAACACUGACCACGCCCAACUGGCCCGAGUCUGAUUACCCCCCGGGUAUCAGCUGUUCCUGGCACAUCAUCGCACCCCCAAACCAGGUGAUCUCGCUGACCUUCGGGAAGUUUGACGUGGAGCCGGACACCUACUGCCGCUAUGACUCGGUCAGUGUGUUCAAUGGAGCCGUGAGUGACGACGCCAAGAGGCUGGGGAAGUUCUGCGGAGACACCGCCCCGGGUCCCAUCUCCUCCGAAGGAAAUGAGCUCCUCGUCCAGUUCGUCUCGGACCUUAGCGUCACUGCCGAUGGAUUCUCAGCCUCCUACAGGACACUGCCGCGGGGUGCCGCCAAAGAAGGGCCAGCUCAGAGCCCGGGAGAGGAUGCCCGGCCGGGUCCCCCGCUCCUUGGCCCGGGCCCCAAGCCAGGAACCCCGCCCAAAGUCAAGCCGGAACCCCCACCUGCGGAGAAACCAAAAGCCACGCCUGAGGUCCAGGCAACCCCUGUGGGCCCUAAUGCACCCAGUGUCACCUGCCCAAAACAGUGCCGGCGGACAGGCACCUUGCAGAGCAACUUCUGUUCCAGCAAUCUGGUGGUGACGGCAACAGUGAAGUCCAUGGUUCGGGGCCCAGGAGAGGGCCUUACUGUCACUGUCAGUCUCAUUGGUGUUUACAAAACUGGAGGCUUGGACCUGCCCUCUGCACCUACUGAUACCUCCUUGAAGUUUUACGUGCCUUGCAAGCAGUGUCCCCCCAUGAAGAAAGGAGCCAGUUAUCUGCUGAUGGGCCAGGUGCAAGAGAACAGAGGUCCUAUCCUUCCUCCAGAUAGCUUUGUGGUCCUCUACCGGCCCAGCCAGGAUCAGGUCCUCACCAAUCUCAGCAAGAGGAGGUGCCCCUCUCAGCCUGUUCGGGCUGCUAGGUCCCAGGCCUGAAAUCCAGGCCAGCCUUGGCCAUUGGCCCUAGGGAUCCAUUUUUUAACCAAAUAAAUAUUCUUUGACUGGGGAAGGGAUCACAUAUCCAUUUUUAUGGUUUUGGUGCCCAUCUUGGGGAUUUAUUUUCAUUCACUCAAUAAACUCAACAGACAUUUAUUUUAUAGAA